AGUGGCAACACUAAUAAAACCUCAUCACGAUUCACGCGCCCAUCUUUGUUUGCAAACAUCCGCAAAUUUCGUAUCAGUAAAUUUAAUUAACAUUUUCCGUAUAUUCCUUCACUCGUCACUCAGUUUCAAGAUUAGGGAUAUAAUAUGAAUGACCUUAAAAACAAAAGUUUAUACGACAGAGUUAAUAAAUUGUUAGUAUCAUAUGAAUGGAGUGAUUGCAGUUUCUCGGUACAUGGAAAAAAGUUUAAAGCUCACAAAUUAAUAUUAGGUAUCAGUAGUCCUGUUUUUGAGGCGAUGUUUUACGGACCUUUAUCGACAAACGAAGUAAUAACCAUAACGGACAUAGAACCGAAUAUAUUUCAGCUGCUACUAAAUUAUAUUUACACAGACAAAGUCGACAUACAUUCUAUAGAGGAAUCAUAUGAUCUUAUGUAUGCUGCAAGGAAAUAUAUGUUAGAUUAUCUUACAGAAAUUUGCAUUGCAUAUAUUGAAUCAAAUAUGAGUAUUGAUAAUGUUAUUCCUGUUUUAAACUACCCUGAUCACAUGCAAGACAACCAACUGGUCAAAACUGCACUAAAACUAUUUUGUCAACAUGCAGGCUACUUCUUAAAAGAAAAUAAAUGCUCCAUUACUUCCAUAUGUAUGCGAAAAAUUCUAGAAUGUAAUGAAAUAAAUAUUUUAGAAAAAGAUCUGAUUAAGAAUGUCUUUGAAUGGACAUCAUAUUAUUGUGAACAGAAUGAAAUUAAAAACAAUUUUCAAAAUAGAAGAGAAAUUUUAAUAAAGAAUGAUUUAUUGAACUUAUUAAGAUUUUCUACACUGUCAUUAAAUGAAUUAAGUGAAAUAACAGCAUGUAAAGAUAACCUUCUAUUAAAAUAUGAAGAAAAACUAAUAAAAAGUUGUAAGAAAAUAAAUAAUAAAAUGUUAAGUAUCACAGAUUACAAUUUAUUACCAAGACUGGCUUUAAAACUGCAAUGGUGUCUUUGUCACCGCCCCCCAUUAAGAUCUGAAUCUCCUUUAAUAAUAAAAGACUUAACAAACUAUACAAUACACACAAAAGUAAAAGCUAAUAAGUCCACAUUUAUUAAUAUGUUAAGUGUGCAUUCCAGAAUGGCACCAGUGGUCUGCUUUUGUAAAAAUUUUACAAAAAUUUACCAUGAACAAUUCACAAUCUUAGUCAAAUGCGAAGAAGAUAACAGUAUUAUAAAAAAAAAAUACUUCGAUAGUCAUGUGGAACAUGACUCCAACAUUGAUAUUGAAUUCGAUGAACCUAUAUUAAUGAAAAAAGAUUGCUGGUAUAAAAUAAGUUUUAUAUGGCCUCACCAAAACGCUUUUUACUGUUAUUACCAAUAUGGUGUGCAAAGUAGAGAUACAUGCUACAAUAAUGGGAAAAUAAAAUUUGAAUUUAAUGAUGUUUUGAGAAUUUCUGAUCAUGGAGGAAGCUUUCUCAGAGGUUUCAAAUAUUGCAUGUAAGUUUUUUAUAAGGAAUUAUAUUAAUUAAUUUAUUUUUUAUUUGAUUAUUAUUGUAUAUUUUAUAAGAAUUUAACAAAACAAUUAUCUCAAUAAUAUAAUUAUUAAGCUGGUUUUAGUGGGAUAACAAAUUAUACUUGUUAAUUGGCUAUGAAUAAAAAAAAGAAUAAUUAUGAUGUAACAAGAACCAACCUAGGAAUAAGUAUAUUAAAUUAAAAUAUCACAUUUUAAAUUUUAUGCAAUUAUGAUGAAAAGUAAGGAAGUAUUUGGGUUCUUAAGCUUUAUAGAGAAUUAUUCUCUAAAGAAAAAUAAAAAAUAAUUAAGAGUGAAUUUAUAAAAUGUA